UCAGGCAAUGUGCACGUGAAUUCAGAAAUAAACUAAAUUGCCACCGCCGCCGCUCUAUGUGCAAUGAAAUCUUUUGCCGUCAAAUCGGAACAAUUCCCGACAUUUCCGUUACCGGCAAUUUAUCUCCGUUGGAAGAUCUGAUGUUAAAGUUUAUUCCCCUGCCCAGGCGUUUUGGGCGUCAACAAUCAGACAGAUAGAUUUACUGCUGCUGGCUGCUCCAACCUUUCGCAAGCUGAAGCACAGUGUUCUCCUCUUGCAAAUCGUCCCUGCAGUCCAGUCCAUCAGUGUCUGUCUUGCAGUGCUGACAAAUCACCACCAUGUCCAGCCUGAAUCAGCCACCCUUCGCCACUGACGAUAUCUCCGGUGUCCAGGACGGGCAGUCUCCCAUCCGGCCUCAGUCAGAUCCCAUUCCAAGUCCGCAGAAUCCCCAUCCAAUCUCGGCAUCAGUCGGUUGCCAGGUGGAAGAUGACGCUUUCCCCAUUCCAACCACAUCCACCCUGGACCGUGAUCCUCUUCCCUCUUCUUCGCUCCCACAUGCCCAUUUUCACGUGGAUGUCGAGGAGAAGCAGCCGACCGUCCAGCUGCACGGGAUCCUGCGCAAAACGCCCAGCAGUAAAUUCGGCAGUCAGUAUUCCGUGCGGGAUGGUGAGAUGGGCGCCAGUCAGCAGAGUCUGCACGCGUCGCAGCAGCUGUUUGCGGACAAAUCACGGGCGGCAUCGGUCUUGUCGGAGACGGCCAAGAAGCGCGCGGGCAGCCGCUUGGCACUCUUCCAUCUCGGCGGCAAAGACCACGAGGAGCAUGCGUACGCGCCGUCCGACGCGGGAUCGUCGUCCAUUCAUGACGUGAAGCACACUUCCUUUGGUCCACUAAUCCUCGAUCAUAGUGACACGGAAGAUUCUUGGUGGCGUCGAUGUCUCUCCAAGAAGAAAUCCGUGACGCGCUCGUUCACCGUGGAAGAACUGAAAAAGGAUUUAACUAUGACGGAGCACCUGACCCCGCUGGAUAAUCUGUACGCCCAGUUGGAUGUUAACCCGCAGACGGGUGUCUCGGAGGAAGAGGCCAGUGCACGGCUGCUGCGCGAUGGGAAAAACAUCCUAACUCCACCGAAGAAAGUGCCGGAAAUCGUUAAGCUGUUGGGUGAAUUUGUUGGUGGCUUCUCUCCGUUACUGGAAAUCGGGGCGCUUCUCUGUUUCAUCGCUUUCGGAAUCCAGGCGGGCACAUCACCGGACGAUUUCCCUUACGAUAACCUGUACCUGGCCAUUGUUCUCAUCGUUGUCGUCCUCAUCACCGGCGGAUUCCUGUAUGCUCAAAAAGCUAAAAGCGAGCGCAUUAUGGAGGGCUUCAAGAAGAUGCUACCACAGAGUGCGACGGUGUUGCGAAAUGGAAAAUUGAUCGAAAUUGCCGCGGAAAAUGUGGUGUUGGGCGAUAUUGUGGAAGUGCGCGCUGGUGAUCGCAUUCCGGCGGAUAUUCGCAUUCUCGAGUGUAAAACGCUGAAGGUCGAUAAUUCCUCUCUGACCGGCGAAUCGGAGCCGCAGUCGCGCAGUCCCGAGAGCUCAGAAGAUCCACUGGCCUCCAAGAAUCUCGUCUUCUACACGUGCAACGCCGUGGAGGGAUGGGGGCGGGGCAUCGUCGUCAAGCGCGGCGACAACACCGUGAUGGGCCGCAUCGCCAAACUGACCACCCGCCUGGACACCUCCGAGACGACUAUUGCUCGGGAGAUGCGCUACUUCGUCAUUCUCAUCUGCGUGCUGGCGCUGACCAUGGGUGUGCUGUGUAUUGCGGUGGCACUGGCGCUCGGCUACGGCGGUUUCUACGCGGUUAUUCUGGCUAUCGGACUGGUCGUCGCUAACGUGCCGGAAGGUAUCAUAAUCACCGUAACCGUAAUGCUGACGUUGACCGCCAAAAGAAUGGCCAAGAAAAACUGCCUAAUCAAAAAUCUGGAGGCCGUGGAAACACUGGGUGCCUGCUCGGUAAUCUGCUCCGAUAAAACCGGAACACUGACGCAGAAUCGCAUGACGGUGGCUCACGCCUGGGUGGAUGAUCUGGUUGCCACCAUCGACACUGCCAGCGAGGAUCUGACCGGUAAAGAGCUGCCGGACACUACAACAUGUAAAGCCUUGUUAAACGUGGCUAUUCUCUGCAAUCGCGCCACCUUCAAAGAUGACCAGCGCCACAAACCGGUGUACUCGCGCGACUGCAAAGGCGACGCCUCGGAGACUGCCAUCCUGAAAUUCACCGAGAUCCUCACCGGCGACACCAUGGCGGCGCGCCAGCAGCACAAGGCCGUCGCCGAGAUCCCCUUCAACUCCACUAUGAAAUUCCAGGUGUCCGUCCACGAGACGUUGGUCGAGGGGAAAAAGCGCUAUCUCCUCGUGAUGAAGGGUGCUCCGGAGCGGAUCUGGGACCGCUGCGCCACCAUCGGGGUCAACGGCGAGACCGAGGCAAAGAAUGCCUUCUGGACGGAAAAAUUCAACGAGGCGUAUUUGGAUUUGGGGUCACGCGGGGAGCGGGUCCUGGGAUUUUGCGAUUAUCUGCUUCCAGAGGAGGAAUUCCCCGCCGGGACGGUGUUCGACUGCGAGAACCCGAAUUUCCCGUUGGAAAACCUGCGGUUCUUGGGGUUAUUGUCGCUGGUGGAUCCCCCGCGGGCGGCUGUUCCGGAUGCGGUGGCCAAGUGUCGCAGUGCCGGUGUGCAGGUGAUCAUGGUCACCGGCGAUCAUCCGGUGACGGCCAAAGCCAUCGCUCGCAGUGUCGGGAUCAUCAGUGAGGGCACGGAGACCGUGGAGGAUGUGGCGCGCCGUCGGGGCAUUCCCGUGGCGGAAGUUGACCCGGCGGAGGUGCGGGCGGUGGUGGUCCAUGGGAGUGAGCUGCGGGAGAUGCGCGACGAGGAAGUGGACGCGGUGCUGAUGAACCACGCGGAGAUCGUGUUUGCCCGCACGUCGCCGCAUCAAAAACUGAUUAUUGUGGAAGCCUGUCAGCGGGCGGGGGCGGUAGUCGGCGUGACGGGCGACGGGGUGAACGAUUCGCCGGCGCUGAAGAAGGCCAAUAUCGGAAUUGCCAUGGGAAUCACUGGAAGCGACGUCAGUAAGCAGGCGGCGGAUAUCGUGCUCCUGGAUGACAACUUUGCGUCCAUUGUUAUUGGCAUCGAGGAAGGUCGGUUGAUUUUUGACAAUCUGAAGAAGACCAUCUGCUACACAAUGAUGUCCAAUAUACCGGAAAUUGCUCCCGUUGUGCUGUACUUUCUGGCCAGUGUGCCGCUCGGCCUGACCACCAUUCCCAUGCUGCUGGUUUGUCUUGGCACAGACAUGGUUCCGUCCAUUUCGAUGGCGCACGAAACCGCGGAAGCCGACAUUAUGAAGUUGCCGCCGCGAUCGGGAGAUGAGCGGCUGGUCAGCGCCCAGCUGAUGCACUGCUGCUACCUGCAGGCCGGGAUGAUCUGCGCCGUGGGUGCGUUCUUCACGUAUUUUGUUGUCUUCGGGGAAAUGGGCUUCCGGCCGUGGAUGCUGAUCAAUCUGCGCGAUGAUUGGGAGAAUGGCGCUAACAAUGAUCUGGCCGAUUCCUACGGGCAGGAAUGGACCUUCGCCCAGCGUAUGCUCCUUCAGAAGAAAGUGGACUCGGCUUUCUUUGCAUCCAUCGUGGUUUUCCAGUGGAUCGAUAUCAUCUGCCGCAAAGUGCGCCGCAAGUCUGUUUUGCAGAAAGGGAUGAGCAAUUGGUUCAUGGAUUUCGCCAUUCUGUUCGAAACCGUCGUGACCGUCUUCUGCAUCUACGUCCCCUACCUCAACUAUGCGCUCACCCUCGCACCGAUCAGGUUUGUCUGGUGGCUGCCGAUGCUGCCCUUUGCGCUGUUCUUCUUCGCCUUCGACGAGCUGCGUCGCUACGCUAUCCGCCACUUCCCGGACGGCUGGAUGGACCGCAACUUUUACAUGUGAUCACGUCCCGUUGCGCCUGCAGCCUGUAACCGUAUCAGACGGGUAUGGGACGUCACUGUUUCUCUUUUUGUUUCGAGUUUGUAAAUCGAUCACCGCCGAGUGUUUAUCGUUUACUGUAGUCUUUGAGUUUUAUUUUUUUCAGUAUUUUAUAAUAUAUUGUCAGUUCAAGUUGGAAAUGUGUCUGUAUAUGCGUUUUGAUCGUUUUAAAAUUAUAUUCUGAGCUCGCUUGCAUAGCGCCAAAAGUUUCACGAAGGAUUAAAGA